UGUCAGCCCAAACGGAGUGCCUUCACCACAUCUAAAAGCCGUUGUGAUUUACACGAGCUAUGACUGCCUUCCGUAUGGUAUGGUCAAUGUUGUUGGCUUCUUUACUGCUGCUGCUCGCGGCGUCGUCCGCUGCCCCCGCCGACGCCUUAUCCGCCCCUGCGGCAGGCCUCACCAAACGCUCGCUCUUCGACCCUUCCUGCACCGGCGUCUUCGACCGGCAGCUCUUGCGGAGGCUGCGUCGAGUGUGUGACGACUGUUUCAACGUAUUCAGGGAACCCAACGUAUCUACUGAAUGCAGAAGUAACUGUUACAACAAUGAAGUGUUCCGCCAGUGUAUGGAAUACCUCCUCCCGCCUCACCUUCACGAAGAGCACAGACUAGCUGUCCAGAUGGUCGGGAAAUAGAUUCACGGUUAAGACGCUGCAACCCACUUCGCUGACGACAGGAAUCCGAUGAUAGUAAAAGGCACCCUAAUUCCACUUAUUCUACAGCAUAGCACUGAGUCCUCGAUCGCUGUAACGAAUGGUUUCCAAUGCUGAAGACACUAUGAAAUGAAGCUGACUUCCACUCUAAGAAAUAAGAAUGAAAGGGUGCAGUUUGCCAUUAUAUUGGGACUAUCGUGACACAUUUAGUUCGGCCACUGAUCACAGUAUAGAAAAUAUAUAUACACAUGAACGCCAUUUAUCAGGAAACUGGAGAAAAAAUAUCACUGAAAGAGAUUGUUCUUAGGACUCGAGGCUUUAAUUAACAUUAGAAUAGGUAUUUGUGAUGUUUUAUUAUGUUUAAAUUUACGAAUAAAGCACUGGCAUGC